CCCGUGGGUCAUGCUCGACCGCGUGGCGCAGGUCGUCGGAGCGUGGAGCGCGGCAGCGCGCCUCGCCGAGCCGCCGCAUGUCUCCGAACUGCGCCUCCCGGAGCACGUCAUCGAGGCCUUCCCCGCCCCCGACAGAGACUUCCUGGAACUGCGCUCCGGCGCCAUCUCCGGCGCGAGCUGCGACGGCCUCCUCUUCCUCUCCGUCCUAAACGCGCGCUUCACCCCUCCCGCCGCCGGCGAGCGGCGCGCCGGUCGGGCGAGCACGCACCCCGCCGUCCCCGACCCCGCCCACGCGCCCCGCGUCACACGCCUCGUCUGCAACCCUCUCACCCGCGAGCUAUCCCGCCUCCCGGACUUCGUCUCCGACCCCGAGUACGAUUUCAUGCUCGCCACCCAGAUGUCCAUGGGCGUGCUCACCCAAUCAGACCGCGGGCAGGGGCCGCCUGACAGGUUCGUCGCUGCCUUGCUGAACGGGGAGCAGAUGCUCCGGUUUCGUUCGGAAACAGGGGAGUGGGAGGCCGUGGCGCUCUCGCCGUGCUUUUUCCCACUUCCGCGGCCGCGGCGAGUGACGCUGGACCAGGAGACGCUGGCAUUCGGCGGUCGCCUGUGGUGGGUCGACCUGUCCUGGGGCGCACUCUCCGCUGACCCGUUCAGCGACCGGCCGGAGCUCUCCUUCGUCCAGCUGCCGAGGGGCAGCGUGCUGCCUGAAGGCGCGCACGGCCAAGCGAGGAGCUUGGGUGUCAUCGACUGGCAUAUGCACACGCCCUUCAGGUACCGGCGCAUGGGUGUCAGCCAAGGGCGGCUGCGCUACGUCGAGGUCUCUCGGGACGAACCGUUCCUUCUCAGCUCCUUCGUGCUCGACGACGGGGGCAGCGGCUGGAUGCAGGAGCACCGGGUGGUGCUCAACAAGCUCUGGGCGAGCCACAUGUCCCUACCCUUACAGCAGGGGGCGACGACACGCAUUGUCCUCAUUGACCCAGUUAAUGCCAACGUCGUUUACCUCGCAGUUGACACACUAGCCGUCGUCGCCGUGGACAUGGACAGGGAGGAGGUGAUUGGGAGUUAUCCGUACAGCGACACCGCCGCCUGCAUACCAUGUGUUCUUCCACCCUGGCUCGGAUCAAGCCGGAUCCCUUCUGCAGGAGGCAAGAAGUUCGUUCGGAAAAACAAGACUCUGGUAGAUGUCGUAGCUUAUUCCGACAGCUACUACAAAAGAUGAAGGUUUCUUAAAGCUAACAGAUGCUGAGUAGGAAGCUGAUGGUGGUAGUAGCUUACUGAUGCAGGGGGCAAUCUGGAGAAGCCUGAAUUUUUGGAGCGCCGGUCACGAUCAAUUCACGGUACCACGUUUGCACAGCGUUUGUGCUGUAAACACUAGCAAGACGAUUCAUUCCUAGCAGAGUUGAUGCGCACACAUGUUUACUCUGAUGGGCGAUGAGGAAUCUUGUCUAGGGAUUUCUGGUUCCGUCAUAGGUGUUGAACUGACGAUUUAGUUGGAACGGUUCAGCGUUGGCUGCCUAAACUAUGCAUGAUUUGGUGCCAAAUGAUUUGUGUGCGAGAUGUCCAUCUUUGCAAGCAUAUGUUGGAGUCUGCGCUGUGUGCUGCAGCUUAGAAGAAACGAAUUAUUUGGUUCUUUCUUUUGUUAUAACUACUUCUUUUGAAGAAGAUUGUACGGCAACUGCUGGAUCUACUACGACUGUAUCACGGGAGGAGGAA